AUGACGUAGGACGUCUGGUAUAAUAAUCCGGAAAUGGCGUGAAACGCUUGUCAACAUUUUCGUAACAGAUGAGGAGACUUGAUCAAUUUAAGAGGUUGCUCGUGAGAUGAGGAGAGUUUGGAUGGUUAACCUUUUGUGUUGCCCUCCAUUGACAUGACAGCAUUCUAUUUUUUUCCAUUCCUUCACCUCCUUUAUAUGUUCUCCUCCACCCUAUUGAUUUUGUCCCUCCUGCAUUCUGGUGAGCUAUCAUCUCUCUCUUCCUGCUCUUCUUCCUCACCUUCGCUGCCACUCUCUUGUGGCCCCGGUCAGUCUUGGGCAGUUCGUCUUGAUGUUGGCUCAGUUCUGGAGGAAGAAGAUGGUGACCGAACGUCUGUUGAUCUUCACAUGAUCGCCAGUAGUGUAGCAGAACAGGCUGGAUUGCAGAACCAGGGUCAGAUUGGACACCUGGAAGGUCACUACCUGCUGUGUUCUGUAAGGCCAGAUGCUGCGUCUGAAGAUGGUAGUGGAAGAAAGAAUCUCCAUCCUGCUGAUAUUUUGGCAUCCCACCCCCACGUCCUGUGGUAUUCUCAGGAGAGAGUGCUCAGCCGUUCAAAGAGAUCGCUGGCCUUCAAUGACCCCCGCUACCCAAAACAAUGGCACCUGCAUAAUGACCUCAAUAAGGGAAUGGACAUCAACGUGACUGGGGUCUGGGAGCGCAACAUCACAGGCCAAGGAGUCACAGUGGUGGUGAUAGAUGAUGGGGUGGAACACACUCACCAGGACAUUCAGCCCAACUAUAAUCCAGAUGGCAGUUAUGACUUAAACUCCAACGACCCAGACCCUAUGCCUCACCCAGACACCCAAGGUGAAAAUCACCAUGGAACACGAUGUGCUGGAGAAAUAGCAGCUGUUCCCAACAACAGCUUCUGUGCCGUGGGAGUGGCUUUUGGCAGCAAGGUUGCAGGGAUCAGAGUCUUGGACGGCCCGCUGACAGACAGCAUGGAGGCCAUAGCCUUCAACAAGCACUACCAAAUCAACGACAUCUACAGCUGCAGUUGGGGUCCCGAUGAUGAUGGACAUACUGUGGAUGGACCCCAUCCUCUUGGGAAGGCAGCGCUGCAGCAUGGGGUGAUUGCAGGCAGACAAGGUUUUGGCAGCAUCUUUGUAGUUGCAAGUGGCAAUGGAGGUCAAUACAAUGACAACUGCAACUACGACGGCUAUGCAAACUCCAUCUACACCGUCACAAUUGGAGCAGUUGAUGAGAAAGGCAGGAUGCCAUUCUAUGCUGAAGAAUGUGCUUCUAUGCUGGCUGUCACUUUCAGCAGCGGUGGAAAAGCGCUGAGAAGCAUUGUGACAUCAGACUGGUCCAUGCAGCAUGGGACGGGUUGUACAGAUGGCCACACUGGUACGUCUGCCGCAGCACCCUUGGCAGCAGGAAUGAUAGCCCUCAUGCUGCAAGUCCGACCCUGCCUAACCUGGAGGGACGUCCAACACAUUAUCACCUUCACUGCCACCAAGUAUGACAACAGUGCAGACUGGAGGCUGAAUGGAGCCGGUUUCCAUCACAGCCACCAGCACGGCUUUGGCCUGCUCAAUGCAUGGAGACUCGUCAAUGCUGCAAAGGUUUGGGAGUCUGUGCCAUUCCUUGUCUCUUAUCAGACUGCAAAAGUAAAGGAAGAAACACCUAUCCUGAUCUACCCCAAAGAGCUGACUCGCACCUGGACCGUUACUGCUGCUGACCUGAACCAGUCUGGAAUGCAGACUCUGGAGCAUGUGGCUGUAACCAUGACAAUAACACACCCUUGCCGUGGCAACAUAGAGAUUGUGUUGGUGUGCCCCAGUGGUAUGACAUCACUUAUCGGCGCACGCCGUGCUCUCGACAGAGAUGUUGGAGGCUACAAGGACUGGACAUUUUCAACUGUGCGCUGUUGGGGGGAGAAAGCUGAAGGCCAGUACCGCCUCAAGAUAACUGAUCACAAAGAGCCGUCAUCUGAGCGCUGUGCUGCUGAGGGAGUACUGACGCAGUGGAAGCUUACCCUGUAUGGCUCAUCUAUGACAUUCCUCGAGGUCAAAGACAGACAGAGGCUGGUGAAGGAAGCCAUGAGUGGGAAGUAUCUGGACAGCAACUUCUCUCUACCAUGUUCUCCAGGCCUGGACAUUCCUCCAGAAGUAAUCGACCCUUUCACCUCCAACAGACUCAAGUUCCUGCUGUUGCUGGGCUGCUUUGCCCUCUUGUGGGCUCUCUAUGACAUGCUGGACGUGAUACUGGGUCACCUGGACCUCAGGGGCCUUCUGUGCCUGUGCAGGAGACAUGGAGGUCACGGCGCCAGAAGGGGGUGCCGAGGGAAAGACAAGGAGGUAGCGGUGGUGCAGUGGGACACUGGCUUAGAGUUGCACACAGUGUUGGACUCUGAGGACUCGGCUCCAUUUAUCGAUGAAGAGCGUCCAGCAACAUAGCACAAAGAUGAACCUAAAACCUCCACGCCUGCUGCUCAGCGGUUAUUCUCAGGUUUUAACAAUCCCCGAGCCCCCACUGCCCAAAAUUAUUCUCGUACUUCUUACCCAAAUUGGUCUUAAAUGUGGUGGGAAAGGGUCAUGAAUUUGACUGCAGAUGAGCAUGAUAGACGUUUUCCCCAAAUGUGGCCUUUAAUUGACAGUUAGUGUGUGCGCGUUUGUGUGUGUGCGUUCAAAAGUUUAGCACUAUCCCACAGAUAGAAUUCUCGUCUUGAUAGGGUUUAACAUGGAGUGAUGGGUUUGGGUGUGGUGUGUAGCUUCCCCGUGAAUAGUUUGCACUGGUUUGUGUUUCGUACAAGCUAAUGAACAACACGGCAAAAUAAACACGUGGGAAGUGUAGAAAGAGUUAGAGUAGCUGUUGUGGGAGUGGUGCUGAGUGAGUGUGCCUGUAGUGUGCAAAGGUCUUCCUUGAAUGUGUCCUUGGUACGAGUUUUAAAGAAACUACUGACAUGUUUUUAAAAAGUGAGAUUUAGUUUGACUUUUAAUUUUAGGGAUAUCUUGGUACUCUGCUGACGAAUGAAUAAAACUUGAAGUGGGAGGGGUUUUUAACAGUGGGGUUUGCAUUUGAAUUUUUAUAAGUUGCAAUAUAUAAAUACUAUAUACACACAGACAUACAUAAUAUGUGCCUGUUGUACAGAUAUAUAUAAAAUUUUGGAUUUUUACAAAGGAUGUUCAAAGAUGUUUUUUUUUUUUUUUAAAUCAGUGUACUGGAGGUUGUGUUUUUCUGUGUAAGUCACAGGUGAGCUGAAUGCUAAUAAAAUACUUUUGCUGUAAUUGUUUAGUAAGUAAAGCCAGAAAGGUAGGAAUCUGUGACACUCACAACUUGAUAAUAUAUAGUGUGUUAGUUUUAUACAAAAUUUAUCUCAGGUUGGUUAACGGUUAAGAUGUUAAAGAAUAUUACAAAGGUCUGUCCAGUCAGGUCUGUCCUCCAGCCUUGAUGGAAAGGAUUUUUGUAAUUUUGUCUCUGUAUACAAACACAGUGGAGUUGACAUCAAACAAUCACAUUUGUAGUGUAGGUUUUCAGGUUUAACUUUAAGUGGUUUACCAAAGGUAUCACACAAACCAUUUUGGGACUACAGUAUAUCCAUUUUAUCCAUCGGCCUUUCAUUUACAAAGUUCAUAAGCAAUGGGACAAACUAAAUAGAAAUAAUCAAUUUUACAGCCACUUUUCUUUAGAUAAGUGAGGGGAUGGAUACAUGAACACUUUCAAAUCCCUGAAUAUACGUAUUGUGGACCUCAUUUACAUCAAUUAAGAAAUACAAAUGUGCUAUUGCUGUUGGGUGAAUCUGUCUCAAGUAGGCAGUUCUCAAAACUGUGUGACCAUGGAAGAAGGGGACUAGUGUUGAGAGAACCAACCAAGACAGGACUUUGGACUUUGGCGUUACACGGUCCUGUGGCUGAUGGUUGCAGAUGAGGGAUAAUGCAAAUUUGUCUGCUCCACCGUCAGUGACGGCUUCAUGGUGAAGUGGAGCAUAGAAGAAUGUUCAUUAAAGAAAACUGAUCAAAUGCAGACUAAAGUCUGCUUUAAGAAAAUCCAUCAUUAUGCCACUCCAACACAAAGAUGCAUUAGUUGAUGCAAUGUGCAGAAGUUGCACUAUGCACAGUUUCUCCCAUCAAAGCUGGAGAUACUGAGAAGAACAUGCAAACCAGUCAAUUGUCACUUCCUUCACUCGUCUCUUUCUUCUAUGGCUGCUCACGUUUUGAGAAUUGACUGCUCCAGACAGAUUUACUAUAUACUACCAUGCUGUUUGUAUUUCUUAAUACCUGACAUUAAUGAAGUCCAAGACAUUUUCAGUGGAAAUGUUGGAAAUGUUCAUGUCUCCACCCUAUGGCUUGUCGAAAGACAACUCAUGGUAAAAGUUAUGAUUUGUAUUAAGAAUACUUAUAGUAUGCAAUUUAUGCCAUUACUUGUGACCUCUGAAAAUUGAAGCGCUGUGUAUAUAAAUGGGUGUAUUUCCAAAUUGGUUAGUGCCAUAUUUUUGUUAAAACCCUUAAAGUCGAACGUCUACGCUACAAGCACAUGUCGAUUGCUUCAUUUCAUUGUGGGGGUGUACAGAGGCAAAAUUACAAAAACUAACUUAUGAAUACUUAUGAAGUAUGAAAGUAAAUGAAUACUAACCUGACUAUAGCAGCACCACUUUGCCUUUUUUUAUGUCAAAGGGCAAAGUACCACAACACAGAAAAUUUUGAUUAUUUAUAGUGGCAAGAUGGUGUGUUGAUGAAGAGUGCUAAUAAAGUAUUGUACAAUCCUGUGUAAUUCAUCAAAAUGUUCUGAUUUCUUGUCCCAUGCUUUAAACACAUAUAUCUAUUUCAGCACUUUGGUCCAGUUUGUCCUUUUCACAGACACAAAUAACCUGAUAGCUAAGUAUUUCAAAGUCAUUAUUUAAUAAGUCAAUGUACAAAAAUUUGGUACAGCGGGCACAGUAUUGUAGAAGGGGGUACCAGUAAAAAA